AAUCGCUUGUGAAUUUGUGCUGUAAGGAAUAAAUUAGUCAAUUUGGUCUUGUACGAUAACAAUCUGCCAGUCAGCUAACGAAUAAAAAAAUUAUCAUUAUCGAUUUUUGAUCUGAAAUAAAAAGUGUUCGGUUAGUGAAUUUUGCGUGUGACAGUGUACAUAUAUGCAGUGUUUGGAGCUAACUGAUAAAAUCAAAUAGAGAUAUUGGAAACGCAUAUGUAAUAAAAAUACAAGUGAACGAGAUGGAUUUGCAUUUUUAGAGCUUUGGAAUUAAUAAUAUAAGAACAAUAGAACAAUAGAGACAGUUUUUUUUAUCCCAUCCAUCCACAAAAUAAGAGAAUUCCAAGUAAUAAAAGCUCAGCAACAAAGUCAAAAUUAAUUCGUGGUGUUAACAUUGUAAUGGAUUCAAUGAAAAACGAAGAUCAAAUCACACUUUCGCAGGUUGCACUCUACACAACAUUAUCAUGCAUUAUUGUUUCUUUGAUUGCUGUUCUUCUUUACUUGACGUGCUCUAAACGCUACAAACUUAAUUGGUUUGAGAAUAAUCUGCUUGAAACAGCAAAAGAAAAUGAAGAAAAUGCUCAAAGUCAUGAAGUAUUGGUCCAUUGUGAGAUGUUAAACAAUAAUGAAAGUUCCAUAGCCGGAAGUUCUCGAUCCCUCAAUCGUAAUGUUGGAAGUCCAAUAUCAAAUACUGAUGAUCCAACAUUUUGGGUACCAGGCACUUCAUCAAUCACUGGUCAUUGCAGCGAUAUUCACUCAGAUUAUUCGGAGCCACAAAGUCCCACGUCGCCAACAAGCAGUAAUCGCUCAUUCGCCUUAUCUGUCAACUCAAUUCCAAUCGUACGCUCUGACAAGCAUGUAGUUUUGACGUCAACAAGCCCAGCACGCCCCAAAAUGGCUUCAAUGCAGGCAAAAUUGGAUCACACGAAAAUUGAUACAUCAUUAUAUCAACAAAGUGCACCAAAAAGAAAUUCAUCAAUGUCGUCAGAAGAUCUUCGGGGGACAUUACAUUUUACAAUGUUAUACGAUGCCAUUGCUGGAAUCUUAACUUUGCGACUUAUUGAGGCACAUGAUUUACAACCAAGAGAUUUCAGUGGAACUGCAGAUCCUUAUGCUAAAAUACGUCUUUUGCCUGACGCUUCAAAGACCAACAUGUGGCAAACGAGAAUCCAUAAGCGAACACUAAAUCCUGUCUUCGACGAAGAUUUUGUGUUUGAAGUGCGGCCGGCAACGAUUGGAAGAAGAACAUUAGAAAUUCUCAUUUACGAUUUUGACGCUUACUCUAGACACGUUUGUAUCGGUGGUUUAAAAAUUGCUCUUGCACAUGUCGAUUUAUCCGAUAAAGUUGAGUUAUGGAAAUCAUUAGGACCUUGUUCAGAACAAGAUGCUAAAAUUGAGUUGGGUGAUAUUAUGGUUUCGUUAUCGUAUCUUCCAAGUGCUGAACGACUUACAUGUGUUGUUAUUAAAGCAAGAAAUUUAAGAGUUUUUGACGAUACGAGGAAUUCAUCAGCAGACCCAUACGUCAAGGUGUCAAUAAUAUAUAAUGGAAAAAGACUUAAGAAAAAGAAGACAACCGUCCUCCGCAACACCAUUAAUCCAGUAUUUAAUGAAGCUUUAACGUUUGAUAUUUCAAGAGAUAUGCUUAAACAUUCAAUCAUCGAAUUUUUAGUAAUGCACGAUAAUCUUCUUGGAGCUAACGAACUUCUUGGCCGGGCUGUAAUCGGAAAUUCACAUGAAGUUCGAAUCGAGGAAAAACAAUUUUUUGACGAAAUAUUUCGUACUAAAUCUGCAACUGCUCAAUGGAUACCUCUUUCUGAUCCAAGAAAUCUUCGCUAAAUAUUUAAGGCUUAUAUCUUCAUAUUUUCCAUACCUAUCUAUACAUAUAUUUAUUUUGAGAAUCAUUCCACAUUUAGCUUUCUAUCUCUAUUAAAAAGAACUUAUUAAAUUUAUGGGUCGUUUACUUAUUAUGUACGCAUUUCAAGGUCGUAAAGAUCUGCAUUUAAAACUUGUGACAAGUCAGUGAACGACCCAAUUAGUCAUGAAAAAUCAUUGAAUCAAGCAGGGUGGUAGUAAAAGUACAUGCAUGGUGCAAAUACAUAUUUGAGAUUCAGGAAUUUUACGUAUAGUUGGAAAUUAAAGAGAGCGACUGAAUAUAUUUGCUUCUACCUAAUACGAAAUAAAUUAACAAAUAAUAUAAACAAAUAGAGUAUAACAAGGAUAUGUCCAAAUGUACCUAAUCAUAUAAUGAAAAAAAAAAUCUAUAUUUAGCAUAUUUAGACGUUUAGUGAACAUAAUAUUCUAGUCAAAAUGAUGACCUAGAAACUUAUACCUAGUCAUGUGACAUUACAGACCUAUGCAUAAUAAUGUUAUUUUAAAGAAUUUUAAAUAAUCAGCAGUUAAUUGUUUUACCUACAAAAUUUUAAUGUACUUAUUUUUUGAAUUUUUUUUAUUUAAACCAUUUUAAAACUACACUGAUUUUUACUAUUAAUUUUUAUAGGAAAUAUAGUGAAUUAAAU